AGUCUUUAAAACAUUUUGCUACUGAAUUUGCAACAAUAGUGUAUGAUCUGCGAUGGUGUCACAAGUGCUUUCUUGAGGCUAGUUUAAUAAUUGACUGAAAAAUUGGCCCGAUUGUAACUUAAAUAUUGUAAUAUUGUGGAAGUCAAGCUCUGGAAUUGUCUACUGUAUGGAUACAAGAUAAAAAGAAUGCAAUUGUGUAUUCUGAUACUCUUGCAGAUCAACAAAUACUCUACAAUUGUCAUCCACAUUAGAUGAGCACUUUAUGAACACUUUGAGACAGUCUGCAGUACUUUUGCUCUUUAUAAAACCAAAAAGGUUAUUGGACAUAUCUCCUACAAGGUAAUGAAGGCCUAUUUUCUGGCAACUGGGGAAGACGCCCUCUGAGUUACAAGGAGUCACAAUGGGCAUAAGCCGCAGCUUCAUUCUAACCUUAGGAACGGGAAUGUUCUGCGGUUUCUUCUCCUUCUAUCUCUUAAAUAGCACUGUAACUGUGCACCCUCGCUACAUAGAGGGCAUUAGUCCCCCUCAGAGCAUAGAAAACCAUGCACAUAGCCAUGAUGAUCUGGAGAAUAUUGCUGGACCAUUGGGUGAUGUGGCAAUGCAUUCCAGCCAUGAACUUCACCAUGCAGGUGAGGCUGUGGAAGCAGAACAUCUCAAAACUAAAGUUCGUGUUCUCUGUUGGGUGAUGACAAACCCAAGCAACCAUGAGAAGAAAGCACGUCACAUUAAAGCCACAUGGGCACGGCGGUGCAACAAGCUGGUCUUCAUAAGUAGUGAAGAAGACAAGGAGCUUGGAGCUGUGGCAUUGAAAGUUGGUGAAGGACGUGAUCACUUGUGGGAAAAGACCAAGGCAGCCUUCAUCUAUGUGUAUAAUAACCAUUAUAAUGAUGCAGACUGGUUCUUGAAGGCUGAUGAUGACACGUAUGUUAUCGUUGAAAACCUUCGGUAUAUGCUGAGCCCUUACAAUGCAGAUGAUCCUAUAUGGUUUGGAUGCCGUUUCAAAAAAUACGUCAAACAAGGAUAUAUGAGUGGAGCAUUCCUAAAUCAAAUGGCACCGAUUACUAGGUUCAUCGAUAAAUUUGUGCCAAUACUCCAUGCCCAACAGGAAUACAUGAGCGGAGGUGCAGGAUAUGUGUUAAGUCGGGAAGCUCUGAGAAAAUUUGUCGAGGAAGCGAUACCUAACCCGAAGAAGUGUCGACAAGACCAUGCUGGGGCAGAAGAUGUUGAAAUAGGUAAAUGUAUGCAGAAUAUUGGUGUGCAAGCUGGGGACUCUAGAGAUAACAUGGGACGUGGUCGUUUCUUCCCUUUUGUUCCUGAGCACCAUUUGGUUCCUGGUCAUAUUGGCCCUAAAAACUGGUACUGGGAUUGGAUAUAUUAUCCAUCCAAAGUUGGUUUAGACUGCUGCUCCGACACAGCAGUUUCCUUUCAUUACGUACCACCUAACAAAAUGUAUGAACUGGAAUACUUUCUCUACCAUCUUCGACCAUAUGGGAUCAAUCACUUGGAUCCUUUUCCACCCCCACUGCCACCUGAUACCAAGAGUAUCCCUGAUGGGGUAAUUGCAAAGUACCAGAAGGCCACUGCUAGUCCUAAUCAACUUACAACAAGCUCAAUUGUAAACACUCAGCAUCUUACAGAAGAAAAAUCAGGAAAUGGUGAAGAGCAGCAGCAAACUAAGAAAGUAGAUGCUUCUUUACAGAAUGAUGUGAAAUCAAAACUUGUGUGAUGUUAUAGACCAUUUUUAUAUAUUACUCAUUCCAUAGUUUUUUUUGACAUGUUAGAGUCCUACACUUUCAUAAGCAGAAUCUGCUCAUGAGGUCUGUAGCAACUAAUACUACAGUCAACCAGAUACACACCUCUGAGGUCUGUGUCAGCUAGUACUGCUGUCAACCAAACACACCACUCUGAGGUCUGUGUCAGCUAGUACUACUGUCAACCAAACACACCACUUUGAGGUCUGCAGCAGCUAGUACUACUGUCAACCAAACACACCACUCUGAGGUCUGUAUCAGCUAGUACUACUGUCAACCAAACACACCACUCUGAGGUCUGUGUCAGCUAGUACUACUGUCAACCAAACACACCACUCUGAGGUCUGUGUCAGCUAGUACUACUGUCAACCAAACACACCACUCUGAGGUCUGUGUCAGCUAGUACUGCUGUCAACCAAACACACCACUCUGAGGUCUGUGUCAGCUAGUACUGCUGUCAACCAAACACACCACUCUGAGGUCUGCAGCAGCUAGUACUACUGUCAACCAAACACACCACUUUGAGGUCUGCAGCAGCUAGUACUACUGUCAACCAAACACACCACUUUGAGGUCUGUGUCAGCUAGUACUACUGUCAACCAAACACACCACUUUGAGGUCUGCAGCAGCUAGUACUACUGUCAACCAAACACACCACUUUGAGGUCUGCAGCAGCUAGUACUGCUGUCAACCAAACACACCACUCUGAGGUCUGUGUCAGCUAGUACUACUGUCAACCAAACACACCACUUUGAGGUCUGCAGCAGCUAGUACUACUGUCAACCAAACACACCACUUUGAGGUCUGCAGCAGCUAGUACUACUGUCAACCAAACACACCAUAAACACUCCUGGAGUUUGCAUUUUAAAUACAAAAUUACCGUUGAUUAUUUGUGAUUAGGCUUUGGAAAGACAAUUUCUAUGUUUUAGUAUUAUUAUUCAAAGAAACAAGCUAUUAUAUUUUUCCUUAUAUAUAAAGACAUUAAAAAUAUUUUAUAUAAGAUUAUUUUUUAUUAUUUAUAUCUUUGGUUAACAACAACAUACACUGAUAAUUGAAUUUUUUUCUGAGGGAUUCCCUUGUGAUUCCCUGAAUUUUUCACAUGGAGAUGGCUUCCAACUCCUGGGUCACAUCAGCUGUGAAGUUCUGUUUAGCCUGUUGUGAACUUGAGCCAGAACCUGACCUGACACCCUCCAGCCCCCCCUCACAAAGGUGUAGAGAGCAUGCGAUGCUCUAUCACCCCCAUCAUGAAUUCAUCCAGAAAAUUGGCAAACCAAUGCUGGGUUCAAAGCCUUUAAAUUGCCAAACCCCCAAACAAUGUAAACAAAUGAUCGAAUCUCAUGAAAGUAGGACGAACUCCUCUGCACUGUACCCCUGCCAGUUGAAGGAUGUGUGUGUGGGGUGGGGGGGGGUGACUGGCACAUCUUGUCUUCUCCAGUUCUCCAAGCCAGUUUUGGCACUGAUGCAGACAUGAUUAGUUGUAAGUUGUCCUCUCUAGGGUUCAAGAUCAUUAACAAGCCAUGUGGGGUUCCUCUGCUUCUAAUCAAGUGCUGGCCGUCCUUGGACUUUGUCCUGCCGGGGCAAUUUACUUGGUGCUGUUUACACAUUUAAGUUAGUUUCACGGGCAUGUUUUCUGUCCAGUUUGUGUUGUACUGUGUGCACCUGGGUCAUAGAGUGCAUGUGCUCAGGGCUUCCUUUCCUGUGUGUUCCCUAGCACGGUCAGAGGUUUCUUCUUUGGUGUGUUUGUGCAUUUGCUCUUUAGAUGCCUGACCUUGGAUGUGUCAGGAAUCUUUUAUCCCUCUGUCUAGACCCUUUGUUGUGAUGAAUAUUUUGGCUGAUUGAGGCAUUACAGGAGGUUCACACACUUGUUUUACUCUGCACGCUGCGGUUAGCCUUCACAGGGACAUUACCUGGACUGUGUUGGUCUACUUGCAUAAUUCCCAGAAAGCAUCCCCAGAGCCUGGGUGUCCUGUUUUGUCAGUGCUUUGGUCCCCUAGUAAUUUCCUGCAGGUGUUGGUGAGGCCUAAGGAUAUCCCCUCCAGACAUGCUCCUGCCUUGUGCGAGUUUGAAGGCUGUUUGUCACCUGCGCCACAGAACAACGAUCAUUCUUUCUGCCUCCCCCAUGCUGCCUGUUGAGUCAGCGACACUGCGAGUCCUUUGGGGUUUGUUUUCCCACGUGUCUCAUCUCUUUGACCUACCUGAUAAAGUACAAGCUUAUCAGGCAGCUUCCACCUUGUGAGUUCAUUUUGCCCGCCUUGAGUGUUCAUGGUUCUGUGCUUGGUUGGAUAUUCCAGAGUUGGCUUGUCUUGUCUUUAGUGAUCAUCUCAGCCUUGAUUUCAGUUGCUACUUGCACAGUGUCCAAACCCAGGCAUUUUUUCACAACACUACCUCUUUCAGAAGAUUGGGCAAGUGACAUACCUCUCUGGUUGAAACUUCUCACCUUUUUGUGUCUAGUCAUUCAUUCACGCAUCUUUAUCACCAUCUAUAUGACAAAUGGGUGGCUGUUUUGAUGGUGUCUUACCUAUGUUCAUCUUCCCAGUGGCAGUAUGA